AGACAGCGGCGAGGCCGGGCCUUUGGACACCAUGGUGAGGGAGUGCGGUAGUGCCCCACAAACUAACCGAGAGAGAAAACAGUCAGUCUAAAAGGAAGGGACUGAGCCUUGAAGAAAAGCGAACUCGUACGAUGGAAAUAUUUUUUGAAACAAAAGAUGUGUUUCAGCUGAAAGAUUUGGAGAAGAUUGCACCAAAGGAGAAAGGAAUCACCUCCAUGUCUGUGAAGGAAGUACUGCAGAGUUUAGUUGAUGAUGGAAUGGUAGACACUGAUCGAAUUGGAACUUCUAACUAUUUCUGGGCGUUUCCAAGUAAAGCUCUUCAUAUGAGAAAAAAGAAACUGGAGCAGUUGAAGCAUCAGCUUGCUGAAGGAACCCAAAGGAAACAAAGUUUACAGCAAAGUAUUGAGAAAGCCAAAGUGGGCCGUCAAAAUACAGAAAAGCGUGCGACUAUGUUAAAAGAAUUGGAGGGACUGCGACAACAAAGGAAUCAGUUGAAAGCAGAGUUGGAAAAAUACAAAGAAUGUGAUCCAGAAGUAAUUGAAGAAAUUAGGCAGACAAACAAGACAGCAAAAGAUGCAGCCAACAGAUGGACUGAUAACGUGUUUGCUAUAAAAUCCUGGGCAAAUAAAAAAUUUGGAUUUGAACGGAAUAAGAUUGAUAAGGCUUUCGGAAUUCCAGAAGAUUUUGACUAUAUUGACUGAUGGUUUCAGUCUGUACAAAUUGAUCUUUCUUGUUUGUAUCAAACUUGACGUUCAUCAAAAAAUAGUCUGAUUUUUAUCGCAAUAAAAUUUAGACUUCAACUGCAGGGCAAUCAAUUUUACUCUUUUGAUACUUUGAGUAUUGUGCAACUGCUGUUUCAAUCAGUGUUGGCAGCAAAAAUCAUCUUGCAAUCCUGUUAUGAAGGUCAAACUCCGAGCAGAUACUAACAAUUUAUAGAGCAUCGGGUCCAGCUAGAUUAAAAAGUAAUUGAAUAAAAUAAUAUAGGAAGUAAUUUCACAAGACUGGUAACAAUAGUUCAACCAGUAUAUAAGGUCCCCUGUAUAGCUUGUAAAAUAGUAGUUCUGAUAAAUAGUAUUUUUCCUUACAAUAGUCACUCAAUCUCAUAUUGUACAGGAUGAUCUUGAAAUACCAUCUCAAUAUAAGGAAAAUAUCUAACCUGCUGUACUAAAUCUUCCUUCUCCACUUCACUGAUAAAGGAUAAUUGAGUGUAAUUUUGAAAGAAUUUAGGAUAAAAAUGCAAGCUCUACAAAACUUAACGCUUGAUUGCAACUAAAAUUGUUUUGUAAGGCUCUAAAAGUCUGCCCUCUAAUUAAGUUUUUGUUACUUAAAUGUUCCAUACUCUUCGGUGUUUUGUGUCAUUUUGUAAAGAAGGGAUAAAAUCUUCUCAAUAAAAAUGCUGCUUCCAUAUUGGGGAAUGAAAGCAGAUUAUCUCAUGCAACAAGACUGACUACAUAUAUUGAUGAUGUCAGGUUGAAAUUGAGAUAAGAUAAAGAAUUGCACAUCUGCAAUAUCAGAAGUUUAUUUACUGUAUAAGUGAAUUAUAUUGUAAAUCAUAAAUUUGUAUUUUAAUAAACAUCACAUACAAUCUUACAAAUCCAGUCCACACUACGCUUAUUAUUUAAAUAAAUACUGAACUGUGAUAUGUCAAGUGAAUGAAAAUUGUUGCUAACUCUAAGUGGAAGACAUAGGUUGGUCCUGGGUCUGACUGAACAUGAAACUUAAAUAAGUUAAAACCAAAUUUAAAACCAAAUCUCAAAAAAACCUGAAUGUUUAAGUGUUUCAUUGGUAGCUAUGAGUUUGAAAUAUUCCUGUAUGUUUGCAGACUAUACUUGUUAGUAGGGUGCUGUUAAUUAGUGACAGCAAUUUCUUUGACUCCAGAGUACAAACUGCUUCCAGGAAAGUUGGAGUUAAUCUCGGGUUGUGAUUUGUAUUUUGCCUCCCAGCAAAAGCUGUGGAUUUCUGCAAUUUGGUUGGACAUUUAUUUUCUAUAUUAAUAGAAUGCAAGCAAUGUUUUCACGUGUUUCCCCCUCCUCAUUAUUGCCAGGCUUUCAAGUGCUUCCAGAUUUCUUCAGCAUUCAUAUACAAGUCACUGAUAGAAUCAAUUCAGUUUCUUGACCUGUUUAUAACACAGCAACUGCAAGGUUGGUCUUUGUACAAUCCCGCUGUCAUAAAACCUGC